AUGUAUAUUAGCGUGGGGGAGGGGUCUAUGUUAGCUAAAGAGCUCACUUGGCUUUUUUCCGAGAAACUUUCACUAUUUGUAAACAAAAUUGAUGUCACAAAAGACAUUAACUUCACCAGGCAGAGCUAUCAAGACCAGUUUUGUGCACUUCUUCAGUCUCACGACGUGGUAGCCCAUGAAGUUUACAGUGAAGAGACUGGACAUCACGCCUCACCUAGCACCACCCAUCCGUCUUCCAUCCCCGCCCACUCUUACGUGAAUGGCAGCAUGAGUGGUGAAGGGCGUGGCAACGGUGAAGUGGAGGGUGGCGGACACAGAAGUGAUGGCGGCGAGGGAACAUUACGUGUCCGAUUGGUGCAGUUCCAAAAGAACACUGAUGAACCAAUG